UUACGACAGUUUCGUACGCGCCGCUGUUCUAGUGCACUGCGAUUCGUCGAUCUCGUUAGUGCUCGCGCGCCCGACCGACUGUUCUCCACACGCAAUAUUUUAACGUUAUAAUUGUUGCAUUGGAUUUAUUAUUCGUUUUUAUAUAUUUUUUUGCCGACGUCGUUGUCUCGUCUCACGCGCGUCCCAUGAGACGAACACCACUGCCGUCACCGUCGACCGUCCACUCCGCCGCCGCGCAACGACCGCCGCGUAAUUGAGGAUCGGCUGUAGCGCCGCGGGGACGACGGACGCUAUGAAUCGCUGUCCAGUGAUGAACCCGCAGUACGACGUCGAGCGGCAGUCCCGGUGCCCGGCGGCGGCGGUACCUAAGCCGUCGCCCGACACCGACGACCUGCACGCCUUUGAACGGAUCGUCGUCAUGUUCGUACAGCUCAAGAACUACCUGGGCUCGUACUGGCUGGUCCCGUGGUUUUUCGUCUACAUCUACCCCAGCGUACUCGUCUACGAAUCUUACGGUUUUGUUGGUCCUUUUGUUUAUUGCAACAUUGUUCAGAUACUAUUUUUUAUUGUAUUUGAAUUUUGGGAUGAAAGUUUUAAUUGGACACCAUUACAUGAUACCAUAAAGACAUAUUCAUCACAAAUUCUUGGACAUCAUCACAUAACAAAAAGUGUUGAUGAAAUGAUUUUGUUUUGUAUUUGGGUUUUAUCUUGGGCUGCAGUCCCUUCUAUAUGUUAUGCAAAUGAACAUAUAUUUGAAUUACCCAUUGAUCGUCUGGAACGGUUAACUUCAUAUGUAUCUAUGAUGACUGUAACAUUCGUAAUGGCUUAUAUUAUAAUUUUACUUUGGAUUGACAUGAAUUUGUUAGAACUAAAAUCAAAUAUAAAUGAGCAUAAUACAAAUUCAAAAGUGUCAUCGUGUAAUUAUGAGCUUAUGGAUGAUUUAAUUGAACCUGAUGACAUACCUGAUUUGGAAACUGUAUUUGAAGACAUCUCUAUUACUAAUGAGUUUAAAAUUGAUAAAGCAUUUAUGGAUUUUUCAGAAGCAGUAAAUGAAAAUAUUAUUGAAAGCGAAGAAUUUCGUAACUGUACAACAGUUGAACAAGGCGAAGAAGCUAAAGAACAAGAAAUGGACGUUAUAUCUUUAUCAUCAAGCACAUUAAGUGACUUUGAUGUAAUAACUGAAGAGGAAAUAGAUUUACUUAAAAAUCAUUUAAUACCACCGUAAAUUGAACGAUUGAUCUCAAAUUUGUAUUAAAAAUAGUCAAAAACAUAACAGUGUCAUUUUAUAAUCAAAUUUCUGUUAUUUAUUUAUCAAAUGAAAAUUAAUUUUUUGUUUUUUACAUGAAACAGAUUUCUUACUUAAAAACAUUUUAUUAUAUUAUAUUAAAUCAUUUAAUAAGCACUGUAUUUGAAUGCUUAUGAUAAUUUUGGAUAGGUUUUGUUUUUUAUUUUUAAAAAUGUCUACACAGCUAAUACAUCUAUGGUAUUUAUUUAUUUAAAUAAUAAAAAACAAUAUUUUUUUUUACAUAAUUCUAAAUAUUAAAUAAUCUUAACAAUUGAAUAUAAUAUUUUAUGUUGUCUUAUUUAGUAUAUAUUAAAGUAUGUUAGAUUAAAUAUUUUUAUUUUUCUUAUUGCCAAACAAAAUAAUUACAACAUGCUUGUAAAAUUAGAUUUAUAUUUAGAUUCUAUUUUUAUCUUGGUUUUAUUAUGUUUUAAUACAUUUACACUUGUUAUAUACCUAUGUAUUUAAUACUUUAUUUGAAAAGUAUUUAUUUUUAACUAAAAUCUGAUAAAUCAAAUUUAUUAAUGAAUUAUAUUGAACAUUGUAAAUCAAUGGUCAUUUUUUUUUUUGUGGUUAUUGUGUCGUGCAAGUUAAUCUUUAAUUUAAAUACUUAUAAAUAUGACAUUAAAAUAAAAUAUUUAAAGACAGACAGUGAUAUAACUAUGUGGGGUUAAGUGGAUGUAAAUCAUUCCUUAGAACUUAUUUUUAUUUUAUUUUAUUUUGUUAACUUGUUUUUACUUUAUAAUAUUUAUAAUUUUGAUUAUUUUGGUAUGAACAUGAAAUUUGGUACAUGUCCUGUAAACUUUAUAUCGCACGUUUUCUAUUAUUGCUAAACAUAUUUUAAUAAAUAUUCUAAUAUCUCAA